UUGAAUAUAUGUACAUACAUACAUACAUAUGUAUUUGGGUUCGUCGGCGUGAUAAGUUUCACCGGAAUAAUUAUUUAUUUUGCCAUUGCCAAAAAUGUACAUCACAACGGGCAAGGCGUUUCCGCUGCUAAAACCUUUUUUUCAUAUUCAGAGAUGGCCAGCUGUUCAACAAUUCCACUCGACUGUCGCAAUGAAAAAUUAUGUGGAUGAAGCCUUAAUACCUCUUCCGAUUAAUGUGGACUCUGCGGAAACAUCUCGAUUCUCCCCCCAGCGCUCGCGUGACAUUUCGUCAACAGUGAUUAAUACACAAGCAUCAAUCUCAGGCAUUGAUAUCACUAUUGAUAACAGUUUUCACGCAGUCCUAAGCGACUCAAAUAUUUGUCAAGAUCCUCAUGUACAGUCCUAUGAUUGCUUUGGGUUGAUCAGUCUUAAUUCCGCGAUGCAAAGCAAUGUACCAACACCGUUUGGGGGGCUCAACAAGUUUUCGCACCUUAACAUGCCUGGCGGACAGUGGUCCCAGGAAUUUAAGUUUACAGCACAAAACAUGCAGUGCUCUCACUACAGCGGUCUUCGCGACAGUUUGCGAGCGGAUUGGGCGACUUACGAUCAGAAGGCUACUCUUAAUGGCCAAGGAUUUUUUACUCGAAGAAAUUAUAGCACACAACCGCAAAUCUCUCCAACAAAAAAGGCAGCAAUAUCGAGGUCGCUUUCCACAAAAACAUCUACAGAUUUAAAACUAAGUAAAAGUGAGAGGCUGAAGAGGGCGUUUAAGGAAUAUGGAGCGCCUAUUGUGGGCUUUCACGUAGGAAUUUCAUUGAUUUCUCUUGGCGGUUUCUAUAUGCUUGUAUCAAGUGGCAUAAACUUGGUACCAGCUCUGGAGUUUAUUGGAAUCGCAUCACCCGCCAUUGUGGAAAAAGUGGCCACAGGGAGCACCUUUAUUGUUGCGUACGCCGUGCACAAAGUGUUUGCCCCUGCUAGAAUAAGUAUCACGUUAGGUUCUGUACCAUUUAUCGUACGCUAUAUUAGAUCUAAAAAAUCGGAUAUAUGAAAACCAAAAAUAAUAAUAAAAUCUUAUCAAUAA